GUUAUAUUAUAAAAAAUGACUGAGAAGCAAAAAGUUUUAAUUUGUGGGGAUGUAGAAGGUCAUUUUAAAUUUUUAUUCAAUAAAAUUGAAGCUAUCAAUAAAAAAAGUGGCCCGUUUGACUUCUUGUUAUGUGUUGGAAAUUUUUUUGGCAAAGAUAACGACGAACUUGAAGCAUAUAAAAAUGGCAUGAAAAAUAUUCCAGUUCCAACAUAUAUUAUUGGCCCUAAUAGAGAAUCUGAUGUAGAUAAUUAUCCAGAUGUUGAUGGAUGCGAAAUGUGUCAAAAUCUUACCUAUCUGGGAAAACGUGGACUAUAUACUGCUAGUUCAGGACUUAAAAUAGCUUAUAUUAGUGGUACAGAAAGCAAUUCUUCAGAAACAAAAUCUACUGGUUUCAAUGAAAGUGAUGUUAUAUCAGUUAAACAAGCUUGUUUAAAAGGGCAACCUAGUUUUCGUGGAAUUGAUGUAUUACUAAGUUCUCCUUGGCCCGAGGGUAUCACAAACUUAGAUCCCAAUAAACCAAAUAUUAAAUAUCAAGGUUCUAAAUUAAUUGCUUGGUUAGCUGCUCAAGUAAAACCAAGGUAUCAUGUAUCAGCCUUGGAGGGAUAUCAUUAUGAGCGACCACCAUAUAGAAAUCAAAGUCAACAAGAUGGUAAUAUUGAAAUUGCAACUAGAUUUAUAGCACUUGCACCUGUAAUGAACUCUCAGAAGAAGAAAUGGUUAUAUGCAUUAAACUUAACACCUGUUGAUAGGACACGCUUGUCUGAUUUAGUUAUGAAAACUACAGAUGAGACGGAUAGCCCUUAUCCAAAAUCACUGUUAUCAAAUGAACCAUCUUCAAAGAAGUCAGAGCCUAAACGUACACAGUUCUUUUAUGACAUGGAAUCUAAGGAACCUACCAAAAGGUCCAAGCAUUCAGAAGGAUUUCACAAAAGACCAAAACCUGAAUUUGAUCCAGCAAAAUGUUGGUUCUGUUUAUCGAGCCCUGAAGUUUCUAAACAUUUAGUGAUAUCAGUUGGAACAGAGAUCUAUGUUGCACUUGCUCGGGGUGGACUGGUUGAAAACCACUUUUUAAUUCUACCAGUAACACAUCAUCAAAGCCUAUCUAUCUUGCCAAAAGAGGUGAAAGAAGAAAUGGCUCUAUAUAAAGAUGCUAUAACAAAAUAUUAUGCUACUAUGGACUGUGUACCUGUAUUUUUUGAACGUAAUUAUAAAACAUCUCACUGUCAAUUGCAAGCUGUACCUGUUCACAAAAAUCAAGCACCUGCCCUAAAAGAAACAUUUGAAGAAAUGGCAGAGUGUAAUAAUUUUGAUAUGAGUGAAUUACCUCCCCAUGCAGACUUGCAGCAAAUUGCAAAACCAGGUGUUCUGUAUUUUUAUGUAGAAUUACCAGAUGGAACAAAGUUAUACCAUAGAAUUAAAAAAGAUUUUCCACUUCAAUUUGGAAGAGAAGUCUUGGCAUCUGAUAGGAUAUUAGAUAUCAAUGAUAAAAUUGACUGGAAAGAUUGUCAACUAGAUAAAGAAGAGGAAACUGAAUUAGCCUCAAAAAUUAGAAGAAACUUUCAACCAUUUGAUGUAGAUACUUAAAAAUUUUUAGCUUGCUGCCAUGAAUCACCCCAAACAUAAACACCAUGUCUCCUUACCAAGACAGCACAAGUUUCUGGAUAAGCAACAAUAGUUUUA